AGCCCCGCGUGCCGGGCCCGGGGCCCAGGUGGGAGCGGCCGGGCCGGUGCGGCUCCGCGGCGCCGCUCUCUCGUCUCUCCCGCACUCGGGUCGGGGGUCCGGCGCCGGCGUCCUCACAGCCCGGGGGCAGGUGCUGGACUCCGUGUGCGCGGGAGUCCUCGGGCCCUGGCGACCCCGCCGGCAGCCGGCUCUCCCCGUCGGUUCCCGGGGCUGCCGCGCCGGCCCCUGCUCAUCCCAGCGUGCGGGCGGACGGGCCCGCUGAGGCCCCGGAGGCGGGGGAUAGCCAGGGAGUGGAGGACUCGAACCCGGGCCCCCAGCCGUGGAACCCGGACUCCUGACCCCCGGACCCCAGAGCCGUGUCCGCCCCGGGGCUCAUACUCUCUGUGAUGGGGGCCCGUCGCUCUGCCUCCACGAGGCUCUGCAAGGGUUCUCUGAGGCAAGAGCUAUGAAGUGCCCCGUGCGGGUGCUCAGCACACGGACUGCUUUAUUUUCGGAUUAUCCGCGGAGCUGUGUUCCCUGAUCCACAGCUGUCCCCUGCGGGUCUCCCGCUGAGGCUCCUGUGUGGGAGCAGCUAGCACGGCAGCCUGAGGCUGCGGUCCUUGGAACGGCUCGCGUGCCAGGUGGAACCUUGGCUGGCACCCGGGAACCGGAGUCUCAGGAUGGUUGGAGGGCUUACACCCUCCCUAUGAGCAACGCAGAUCAUGCGGAGCGCCCGACCUCCUUCCGGGUCUAGAAUGUUGGAAGCUGCAAGGCCACGAGAGCCCCAGGCUCCCUGUGAGCUUCUAGGAGACGCCAUCUCCCAUGUGCGGUCGUCUCCUCCGUGGGAAAUACUACCCGCCCGACUUUGACCCGUCAAAGAUCCCCAAACUCAAGCUCCCCAAGGAUCGGCAGUACGUGGUGCGGCUGAUGGCUCCCUUCAACAUGAGGUGUAAGACGUGCGGAGAGUACAUCUACAAGGGCAAGAAGUUCAACGCGCGCAAGGAGACGGUGCAGAAUGAGGCCUACCUGGGCCUGCCCAUCUUCCGCUUCUACAUCAAGUGCACGCGGUGCCUGGCAGAGAUCACCUUCAAGACGGACCCCGAGAACACCGACUACACCAUGGAGCACGGAGCCACGCGGAACUUCCAGGCGGAGAAGCUCCUGGAGGAGGAGGAGAAGAGGGUACAGAAGGAGCGGGAGGACGAGGAGCUCAACAACCCCAUGAAGGUGCUGGAGAACCGGACCAAGGAUUCGAAGCUGGAGAUGGAGGUUCUAGAGAACCUGCAGGAGCUCAAGGACCUGAACCAGCGGCAGGCCCACGUGGACUUCGAGGCCAUGCUGCGGCAGCACCGGCUGUCGGAGGACGAGCGGCAGAAGCAGGAGCAGGACGAGGACGAGCGGGAGGCGGCGGCCUUGGUGGAGGAGGCGCGCGGACGCCGGCUGCUGGAGGACUCUGACUCGGAGGAGGAGGCGGCGGCUCCUGCCCCACCGCGGCUGGCCGUCCGGCCCAGGCCCACCGCCAUCCUGGAGGAGGCCCCAAAAGCCAAGAGGAAGGCUGAAAGCUGGGAACGGAGUGUCGGCACCCUUGGCAGCAGGCCCCAGCUGUCGGGCCUAGUCGUGGUGAAGAAAACAGACCUGGGUUGCAGCACCCGGCAGGGCCUGGCAUCGCCCACCUCCCAGGGUCAAGGUCCCGCAUCCAGAGCACCAGCCAGAGCCACGCGUGACUGGGCGAACCCGGAAGUCCUCUGCGGCAGGCAGGGCCAGCACGGGCUGCGGCCAGGGGACUCGGUUUCUGUCCUCUCCCCUCACCUGCCGGCCCUCGGGGACCUCGGGGUCCCCAGCUGACACUGCCGCCCUCCGUUUCGGGCCGUGCCAUCCCUGGGAGGGCUCCCGGCAGGCCUCUGUGGGCCACACGGGGCUAAUCCGGCCUCUUGGCUCUCGGAAGCUGACAGACGGUAAAGGUCCGUUGACUGGUGGACGUCUGGGCGGGGGGUUGUACGUAGCACUAGAUCGCCGGGCCCGCCGCUGGUCACGUGGCGGGAAAUUGACGCCGGAGCUCACGUGGUUUCACGGUUGCCCGACUCCGGCUCUGGGAUAGUUCUCGCCCACUCCAGAACGUUUUGGUUGAAGGUCCUGUGCUCCCGCCAGACUCCUUCAGCCCCUGACCCCCAGCUCUGCUCUCCCGCCCCCUCACCCCCAGCGUCCCGGCCUCUGCCCCCCUCCUCCCUCCCAUACUCACAUUAGUUUGGCAUCUGGGAAUGCGGCUUUGUGUUUCCCGCUGGCAGAGUGUGGGAGCCCAGCAGCCCCCACUCUGGGGAUCUGCGUUCCUGCAGUGACUUCUGGGCGGGUAUGGCUGGGAGGCGGCAACUGGGAUCCAGCCAGGCCCCGGGGCCCCACCUCACCCUGAAAACGGGACCCCAGGGGGCCCAAGUUCUGGGAUGCAGACGGUGGCCCCGGCUUGGGCUUGCUGGUUGGUGCGUCCCUCCCCCCAGUUCCCCCCAGCAGCAUCCUCUCCGUGGUCACCUUGGCCGUAGUGGGAGUACUUACACCGCGGGAGUCCGCACACAGAUCAGUGCCCUGUGCAGGAGAGCCAGCUGUGGGCACUUCACAGCCUGCCCAGCCCGCUAUCCCGAAGUCAAAGUCAGCAUCGUCGCGCGCGCGCUGCCCGGGAUGGGGCUGUUCAGAGCAGCGGCUGGAGGAGAGCAUCCAGCCCAGGAAGCACUUGUGGGAGACAUGAGGACGCGUGGGGCCCGCUCACUCUGACGCGUCC